GCAAUUUCUCAUACUAAACACACAAACAUUAUUUCAGUAUUGUAAAUAAAAGUUAUGAAUUCAUGACUACGUAACAAAAGUUAAAAUAUGAAAAUCAUUUUCUUUUUGUUUUCACUUGCCGUUUUAAGUGCGCAACCAGAAACGACACAAGGACAUUGGCACACAGGAAACUUCAUAGAGCACGAUUGCUUUUUUAUUCCUUACAUACCUCCCUGCUCUGGUACUGCAGUCGAUGGUUUUAUUUGGAAAUGGGAGAUACAGAGCAAAAAAUGUGUACGCGUACAUUCAAAAUUGGGUUGCCCUCCCACCAAUAAUAAUUUUAACAGUUCGAAGGAUUGUGAUUCUAUAGCAAGAAAAGUUUGUAAAAAAGUCAUCUUUAUGGAUGCUCCUAUAUUAAUGAAAGCGUAAUAAAUCCUAAGAGAAACCA